AUUUAGCAAAGGCAUUGGCUGGUCGAAAGGGUGCUGUCCUAACUUGGGCCCCCGCGGGGCUGGCAAGAACCAAGGGUUUGGGGGGCCCCCUCAGCCAUUUGUUUCCUUCCACCGUCCUACCAUCCCGUCGUCUGCAGGUUGGUUUUCCCUCCAAAGCUAAGUCCUCCACUUAAGGUGCCAGUAGUGAGCGCGCAGAGCUCCAGACCCAGCACCGAGCUGUACAACCACAGGCGUGGACACGCCGGCCCGGGGCAGCGGAGAGUGCUUCCGCCGCCGGGUCUUCGCCCCACUCGCUCUUUCUGCCCCCUCCGUUCCGGGGCUCGGCCGCGCACGAGGCAGGCGCGACGCGGCCCCCCACCUUUGCUGCUCGGUGCCCCGAGGGCGGGGCGGGGUCACGUGACGGCGGCCCUCGCCAGGCGGCGGCAGAAACCCACAAAACCCGACUCCGCUCAGUACGUCCGGCCUGCGCCUCACUUUUGUCUCUUCCUAUGCUCGCCUUCCAUCCUUCCGAAAGAGGCUUUUUAAAAAAGUCCUAGGCGCUGUUGGGACCCGGAAGCGGAAAGAGCCCUGUGUGGUCGGUACUUCCGGGUCACGGAGAGUGCGGGAUUCCGGGCCGAACGCGGGUGGCGGUGCUGGGACCUCGCGUGAUUCUCAGAGCCCGAGGGGAAGCGGCGUCCGGGCAAUGGCUGUGACUCUGGACAAAGACGCGUACUACCGGCGAGUUAAACGGCUGUACAGCAACUGGCGGAAAGGAGAAGAUGAGUACGCCAGUGUUGAUGCCAUUGUGGUGUCUGUGGGUGUCGAUGAGGAGAUUGUGUAUGCCAAAUCAACUGCCCUACAGACAUGGCUCUUUGGUUAUGAACUAACUGAUACAAUUAUGGUCUUCUGUGAUGACAAAAUCAUCUUUAUGGCCAGCAAGAAAAAGGUGGAGUUUUUGAAACAGAUUGCCAACACUAAGGGCAAUGAGAAUGCUAAUGGAGCCCCAGCCAUAACACUGCUCAUACGAGAAAAGAAUGAAAGUAACAAGAGCAGCUUUGACAAAAUGAUUGAAGCCAUUAAAGAAAGCAAGAAUGGCAAGAAAAUCGGAGUGUUCAGCAAAGACAAGUUCCCUGGAGAGUUCAUGAAGAGCUGGAAUGACUGCCUCAACAAAGAGGGCUUUGACAAAAUAGAUAUCAGUGCCGUUGUGGCAUAUACCAUUGCUGUGAAAGAGGAUGGUGAGCUCAACCUGAUGAAGAAAGCAGCCAGCAUUACCUCUGAAGUCUUCAACAAAUUCUUCAAGGAAAGAGUCAUGGAAAUAGUUGAUGCAGAUGAGAAAGUUCGACAUAGCAAACUGGCCGAGUCUGUAGAAAAGGCCAUCGAAGAGAAAAAAUACCUAGCCGGGGCAGACCCUUCUACUGUGGAAAUGUGUUAUCCUCCGAUCAUUCAGAGUGGCGGCAACUAUAACCUUAAAUUCAGUGUGGUGAGUGAUAAGAACCAUAUGCAUUUUGGGUCCAUUACUUGUGCCAUGGGUAUUCGCUUCAAAUCUUACUGCUCCAACCUUGUUCGUACCUUGAUGGUUGACCCUUCUCAGGAAGUUCAAGAAAAUUACAACUUUUUGCUCCAGCUUCAGGAGGAGCUGCUAAAGGAAUUAAGACAUGGUGUGAAGAUAUGUGAUGUCUAUAACUCUGUCAUGGACGUGGUUAAAAAGCAAAAGCCAGAACUACUAAACAAAGUUACAAAAAACCUGGGGUUUGGGAUGGGCAUUGAAUUCCGUGAAGGCUCUCUAGUAAUCAAUAGUAAAAAUCAGUACAAGCUAAAGAAAGGGAUGGUUUUCAGCAUCAACCUUGGAUUCUCAGACCUGACUAACAAAGAAGGGAAAAAACCAGAAGAGAAAACAUAUGCCCUGUUUAUUGGUGACACCGUACUUGUGGAUGAGGAUGGCCCAGCUACUGUUCUCACUUCUGUGAAGAAGAAAGUAAAGAAUGUGGGGAUUUUCCUAAAGAAUGAAGAUGAUGAAGAGGAGGAAGAAGAGAAAGAUGAGGCAGAGGACCUUUUAGGAAGAGGUUCUAGGGCAGCAUUACUUACGGAAAGAACACGAAAUGAGAUGACUGCAGAAGAGAAGAGGAGAGCUCACCAGAAGGAGCUAGCUGCUCAGCUCAAUGAGGAAGCAAAGCGGCGGCUGACUGAGCAGAAGGGGGAGCAGCAGAUUCAGAAAGCUCGGAAAUCUAAUGUGUCCUAUAAAAACCCAUCUCUGAUGCCUAAGGAACCACAUAUUCGGGAAAUGAAGAUCUAUAUUGAUAAGAAAUAUGAGACAGUAAUAAUGCCAGUGUUCGGCAUUGCAACACCUUUCCAUAUUGCCACAAUCAAGAAUAUAAGUAUGUCUGUGGAAGGAGAUUAUACUUACUUGCGAAUCAACUUCUAUUGUCCAGGCAGUGCUCUGGGCAGGAAUGAGGGCAACAUCUUUCCAAACCCCGAAGCCACUUUCGUCAAGGAAAUUACCUAUCGUGCUUCAAAUAUGAAGGCACCUGGAGAACAGACAGUACCGGCCUUAAAUCUUCAGAAUGCUUUCCGAAUUAUAAAAGAAGUACAGAAACGUUACAAGACCCGAGAAGCUGAAGAGAAAGAAAAGGAGGGAAUUGUGAAACAAGACUCACUGGUGAUCAAUCUAAACCGGAGCAAUCCCAAACUGAAAGAUCUAUACAUCCGUCCAAACAUUGCUCAAAAGAGGAUGCAAGGCUCACUGGAGGCCCACGUCAAUGGUUUCCGCUUCACAUCUGUUCGAGGAGAUAAAGUGGAUAUUUUGUACAAUAAUAUUAAGCAUGCCUUGUUCCAGCCUUGUGACGGAGAGAUGAUUAUUGUCCUGCACUUUCACCUCAAGAACGCCAUUAUGUUUGGGAAGAAGCGGCACACAGAUGUACAGUUCUACACAGAAGUUGGAGAGAUCACUACAGAUUUGGGGAAACAUCAGCACAUGCAUGACCGAGACGACCUCUAUGCUGAGCAGAUGGAACGAGAAAUGAGGCACAAAUUGAAAACAGCCUUUAAAAAUUUCAUUGAAAAAGUAGAGGCUCUAACAAAGGAAGAACUGGAAUUUGAAGUGCCUUUUAGGGACUUGGGAUUUAAUGGGGCUCCCUAUAGGAGUACCUGCCUUCUUCAGCCCACUAGUAGUGCACUGGUAAAUGCUACAGAAUGGCCACCUUUUGUGGUGACGUUGGAUGAAGUGGAGCUGAUCCAUUUUGAGAGGGUCCAGUUUCACCUGAAGAACUUUGAUAUGGUAAUCGUCUACAAGGACUACAGCAAGAAAGUUACGAUGAUCAAUGCCAUUCCCGUAGCCUCUCUUGAUCCCAUCAAGGAGUGGUUGAAUUCCUGCGACCUAAAGUACACAGAAGGAGUACAGUCCCUCAACUGGACUAAGAUCAUGAAGACCAUUGUGGAUGACCCUGAAGGCUUCUUUGAGCAAGGUGGCUGGUCUUUCCUGGAACCUGAGGGUGAGGGGAGCGAUGCUGAGGAUGGAGAUUCAGAGUCUGAGAUAGAAGAUGAGACUUUUAAUCCUUCAGAAGAUGACUAUGAAGAGGAAGAGGAGGACAGUGAUGAAGACUAUUCAUCAGAAGCGGAAGAAUCAGACUACUCCAAGGAGUCUCUGGGCAGUGAAGAAGAAAGUGGAAAGGACUGGGAUGAGCUGGAGGAGGAAGCCCGAAAAGCGGACCGUGAAAGUCGUUAUGAGGAAGAAGAAGAACAGAGUCGAAGUAUGAGCCGAAAGAGGAAGGCAUCUGUACACAGUUCAAGCCGUGGCUCUAAUCGUGGUUCCAGACACAGCUCUGCACCCCCCAAGAAAAAGAGAAAGUAACAUCUGAACUUUGGUACUGAGCUCCAUUCUUCCAGACAACUCCUAAAAAUUUUACAUGACAUAGAAACUGUAUUUUUCCUUUUGAUUUCGUUGAAGUUUUGCCAUUUGUUUAUGGGUUUAAGGGGCCAUAUGUGUGGACCAAGCUACUCGGGGAAUUCCAGGCCCGUGAGGACAUGUGCCCGGGGAAUUCCAGGCCCAUGAGGACAUGUGCCCAUGGCCCCAGUCAGAUAGCUAGCAAGGGAGGGCCGCUGUUGAUGCUGUUCCCUCUUCUUUUGUCGCCCUCGGCCAAGGCAUUGGUGGCUUCUGACACCCUAUCUUUGGUAUUUCAAAGUUGUAUUGCCAAGCCAGUGGUGCACCCUUACAUGCUGACCAUCAACUACUUGUGCCGUGGGUUCUUUCCUUUCCUUUCCUUUUUCUUUCUUCUGGCUUUUUGAGACAGUCUCACUAUGUAGCCCUGGCUGGCCUGGAACUCACUGUGUAAACCAGGCUGUCCUUGAACUUUGCCUCCCAAGUGUUGGGACUGAUCAGAGGCCUGAGAGAGCCAGCACACCUGGCUGUACCGAGGUUCUGGAGAUUCAGUCCUCCAUCUUCUCCUUCCUCACAUCCCUUUAAGUUCUGUAUCUGCAACAUUCGGGAAAAGGUUCUUGGAAUUUGCUAAGGAUUGUGAUGCUCACAACUCAGCUAGUGAGGCACAUUGGGCUGGUGCCUGGUUUUACGUUUCCUGCUUUCUUGCUCAUGCAGAUUCUGAGGCGUUUCUGCUGCCUUGGAAGACAUAGGAAGCAGUGAUGCUCCCUGGCUUGGGUUUUUGUUUUUUUUUUUUUCUCCUUACAAAUUCAUACAUGGUACAGUGCUCGAAGGCAAAUUACCACUGUCUCUUCUCUGAUACAUAUAAGAAGGAAUGGUUGUGCCUUUUACUCUGCAAGUGAAACCUAGAGGGAGGCUUCCAGGAGUCAGUGAUCAUAUCUGGAAAGGGUAAGUCAUGCCUUGGCCUAGAAUACCUUGACAAGAAGAGAAGCAGAAGGCAUCCCCAGCGCAGCCUUGGCACUGCGGCUCCUUACUUCCACGUGUCCUGCAUUGCCCUGUAUUUAUCAGUUUCUGAUGAACAGCUUUUAAGUACUGGGGAAGUUCAUCUUGCCGUCCUCCCCUUCUGGUUCUCUGCACCCACCUGUCCCAUUUCACCUCCUCUGUUCUGUGACUUUAUGAGAAGGGGGAGGGACUCUCAGAUUUUAUGUUUGUUUGUUUUCUCCUUAGCAGUAGGACUUGAUAUUUUGAAUUUUGGAAGAACUAAAAGAUAAAUAAACUGGGUUUUUUUUUGUUGUUUUGUUUUUGUAAAUUCGCCUUUUAUGACACUUCUUUGCAGUUCCUAAAAUUAAGUCUCACC